CACGACUAACCACCACCAUGCGCCUCGCCCUCCUCGCCGCGCUGGCUGCUGGCGCCGCCGCGCCCCUCGCCCGCGCGGAUAUCACCCCCACGACCAAGGUGACCGGCAUCGGAUACCUCGGGUGCCAGGUGCUGCUGCAGGGCCUCGAGUUUGGCGACUUCAACGAGACGCUCGACGAUUACUUUGCCGAGCGGCUCGCGUCGCGCUGGUGGAUGACCUCGGCGGUCUACUGCCUCGACACGUACUGCAAGGACACGUUUGACGAGAACUAUGCGCGCUUCAACCAGAACUUUAUCCUGUACGGCCCCGGCCCGAUCAACCCAGACCCAAACUACUACCGCGCCAUGACCAACUACAGCGCCAUCGCCAAGAUCGACGUCACGACCGCGCGCAGCAAGGCCACGAUCUGGAACCAGACCGUAUCGGGCACGCAGCUCAACUUUAACAAUGCGUACCGCACCCAGCUCGACUUCCCCCAGACAGAGGUGUACGACCACGCGUUCGGCUGGGCGCUGUACAUCCUUCUUGGCGCGAUCGUCGUCGUCAACAUGAUCAACCGCGCCGUUGGACACUUUAGCCACAAGGCCCAGGCAGCCGACCCCGAGGACGGGUACGCUGCUGUCGCGGCCGACGACUCAUCGCUCGGUGCGAGGCUCAACACCUGGUACAGGAAGCACAUUGGCACGCCGGCGGCCUUUGGCUACCGCCACAACCAGAGCGUUGGCUGGGGCUGGCUCUCGGUGCCGACUAGGGUGCAGGCGAUCGGGGUGUUCGCCUACGUUGCCCUCAACUUUAUCUUCACCUUUGUUGGCUACGACACGUUCCAGGGGAACAUGUUCUACCCCGGCCGCACCGACCUCCAGCUGUGGCGGUAUGUGUCUGACCGCACCGGCAUCAUGUCCUUCUGGAACCUGCCCCUGCUGUGGGCGUUUGCGGGCCGCAACGACAUUCUCAUCUGGCUCACGGGCUGGUCGUACAGCGGCUGCAACAUUUUCCACCGUUGGGUGGCUCGCGUCGCCACCAUCCAGGCCAUCAUCCACUCGGCAGGCUACACGUGGUUCGAGAUGCAGCAGGGGUACACGAUGGCCGAGGCGUUCCAGGAGCAGUACUGGGCCACGGGUGUCUUUGCCACCGUCACCAUGUCGAUCAUGAUCCCGCUCUCGAUCAAGCCCAUUCGCGCCAAGGUGUACGAGUUCUUCCUCAUGGCUCACAUUGUCCUGGCCGUGGCUACCCUCGUCCUGCUCUUCUACCACGUCAAGGUAAUGGAUGGGGCGUACGACGCAUGGCUCUGGGCUUGCGUCGGCAUCUGGGCAUUUGACCGCCUCGUUCGGUACAUCCGCAUCGGUGCGCUCUCGUACAAGGCGUUCGGCGGGAAGAAGAAUACGGUUGCGCGGCUGAGCGGGUCGCUCGAAGCGGGCAGCCUGGUCCGUCUCACCGUCCAGUCGAGCAUCAAGACCAAGCCCUCCCCCGGCGCAUACUACUUCCUCUACACGCCGCGCUCGCUCACGCCGUGGGAGAACCACCCGUUCACGCUCGCCUCGUACGAGGACACGGCCGAGGGCACAAAGUUCAACUUCCUCUUCGCGCCCCAGGCCGGCGCAACGCGCAAGAUUGCCAAGCGCGUCGCCGCGGCCGGAAGCUCCACAGAAAUGACGGUCCUCCUCGAGGGACCCUAUGGCCAGGUGCACCCCGUCGGAAGCUACGAGCACGUCCUCCUCGUCGCGGGCGGCAGCGGCAUCACCUCGGUCCUCCCCUACGUCUACCAGCUCGCGCGCGCCCCGCGCCACCCGCGCAAGGUCACGCUCGUGUGGUCGGUCCGCAACGCGACGUACGCGUCCGACGUGCUCAGCCACGAGCUCGCGCCGGCCAACACGGCGGGCAUCGACGUGCAUGUGCACGUCUCGCGCGAGGAUGGAGCCUCGGCUACCGACGUCAUUGACCGCCUGCCGGGUCACAUUGCUAGCGUGGACGACACGAGCUCCGAGUCGAACAGCGGCGCGGCGGACAAGGAGGCCGCCCUCGUGUCCAAGGAGGCGGGCAAGAACGGCGCCACGCUCCGUGUGCACUCUGGCCGCGCGGUCAUGCGCGAGCUUGUCGAGCAGCACGCCGCUCAGCUGCUCGGCGCGGAGCGGCUCGCGGUGCUUGCCUGCGGACCUGGUGCCAUGCUUGACGAUAUCCGCGCCGCCGUGACAGACGCGUACGGCACCGCGGAGGGCAAGGUCCGCGGGGACGCAAUAAGGUACUAUGAGGAUGCGUUCGGGUGGUAA